AUGGCAACCCGAUUUCAGAGCCUGCAUGAAGAUUUUUGUGAUGUUGAUGGUCAUCUUAUUAGUCCUCCUGGUACUUAUCUUGCUGGUGUUGCUGAUGCUGUUACUGUUUAUCAUUAUCCUGGUUAUUGUCCAAGUGGUGGUCCUUCUUAUGGUCCUGAUUUUAGUUGUGGUUAUCGUACUUAUGUUAUAUGUCUCUGUGAGGACAACAAUAUCCGCUGA